CCUUCAGAUCCGGUUCAGGCCAAUAUGGCGGCGGUUAGAUGACAGUUUAUCUCCUGUGUUUUUCAUAUUCACAGUUUCACACUAAAUUAGAUAAACACGGUUAUAGAAAAACGUUUCGCUGAUUAAAUUAACACUGUUUAAUUUCAGAUCGUUAAACCGACUGAGCGCUGCCUAAUCAGAAACCAGUACAACCAGUUUGAGUCCAGCAUGGUCUCAGUUUUCACCAGGACUGGUUCCAGAUGACCCUGUUCUGGUCCUAAUGAUGGAUCCAGUCUGAUCUGCCCCUUGUGGACUCGUGUUGACCAGCAGAGUCAUGGAGAAGUUUGGGAUGAGUUUCGGGGGUGGUCCCAGCAGGAAGGAGCUGCUGGAAACCAUCGAGUCCCAGAAAAAGCAGCUUGUUCAGUAUCAGACACGCUUCAAAGAUGUAGUCCGGGCCUACAAGAGUCUUCUGAAGGAGAAGGAGGCUCUGGAGGCCAGUCUGAAGGUCCUGACAGUGACUCAGGAGGUGGACCUAAACCAGCAGGGCUGGAACGCCGCCACCCCAGACCUCCCAGAGGAUGGCUGCUCGCUGCACAGCGAGGACAGCGUGGACACAGCGGCAUCUGUAGACACUGCCAGUGAGACCACUAGAGGAGACCAGUCUGAGGAAGACCAGGGUGAACUGGUAGGAAAUUUAAGUUCAAUGACCUCGAGGGUGGAGAAGGCGGAGCUUCAGGCCGGCAGCGCAGAGAGCAGCAGUGUGGGGGCGGAGCCUCAGCAACAGGCCGUGCUGCUCCCUGGCGUGGAGGCAGAGCGUCGAGUCGCCCAGCUGAAGAGCCAACUGAGCACGCUCACGGGCGCCCUGGCCACGGUGACGCAGGAGAAGUCUCGCAUGGAAGCGAGCUUUCAGGCCGACAAGCGUCAGUUGAAGCAGGAGGUGGAGGAGUUGCAGGAGCGCCUGGUCGCCGUAACGACACAGCAGGAGGCGGAGCUGCACGCUCUGCAGCAGCAGUUGGCCGAGAGUCGCGCUCGCAUCAUCACGCAACAGCACGAGAGGGAGCAGGAGCAGGGAGACCACGUCCAGCAGCUGCGAGAGCUGCAGAGGAUCCUGCAGCAGGAACGAGACCUGCGACAGGACGCCGAGCUCCGCCUACAGGAUGCCAACACGGCCCUCCUGGUGACAUCACAAGCUGUUGACCGGGGGGCGGAGUCCGAGGCUCACCUGAAUCAGGUCAGGGAGGAGAGAGACGAGUUGAAGAGGAGACUGGAGGCUGCAGAGGAGGACCACAAGAAACCUGAUCCCAGAGUGGAAGAGCUGCAGCAGGAGCUGACAGAGCUGAAACUCCACUGCGAGCAGCAGGUCCACAGUGAGUCCAGGAAGGUGCGUGAGGCGGAGGAGCGCGCUCAGGCUGCGGAACUCAGGGUCGCAGGUCUGGAGCAGCGAGUCUCCGAGCUGUCAGAGCUGCUGGGUUCCUGUGAGAAGACGAGGCAGCGAGACCAGCAGACCGCUCAGAGACUCAGAGACCGGGUCCUGCAGCUGGACACGGAGAACAAAACGCUGGCCAUCGCCGCCUCCAGCCGGUCGACCCCCGACCUUGGCGUGGACGAGUCGCAGCUGGAUGUCAGCUCCCUGAAAGAGAAGCUGGAGAAGGUGAAGAAGCUGCUGCUGCUGGCGGCUCAGAAAAAUCCGGACCAGAACAUCCAGGACCUGGCCGAGACCGAGACAGAUCCAAACGGGGACAGAGCCUCUGUGCUGGUGUACCAGCAGGAGCUGCGGCAGCUGAGGGACGAGUUUGAGCGGUACAAGCUCAGAGCACAGGUGGUGCUGAAGAACAAGAACGCCAAAGAUGGCUGCCAGGCCAAAGAACUGGAGGAGCUCCGGGACCAGCUGUCGGAGCUAAAGGAGAAGUACAUCAACCUGCGGAUCCAGAGUGACGAGGCAGAGGCCCGACACCGCCGCGAGCUGGACGAGCGGCAGCAGGCGGCGGCGGCGCUGCAGCAGAGCCACAGACAGGAAGCGGAGCGGGCGGAGGCGCUCCACCGCGACGAGCUGCUGCGACUGGAGGCCGAGCUGCACAAACAAAGGGAGAGGACCAUGGCCCUGCUGGACGAGAAAGACCAGGAGCUGGAGAGGCUGCGGGCCGCCGCUCUCAGCCGCAGCGCUGAGUGUGACGAGGCGGCCGACGACGAGCGCGAGACUGGCCCCGAAAGCGAAGGCGAUGUCGUCGGCCAAGCCCUGCGGCGGGUUGCUCCCGCCGAGCCCACGCUACUGCUGUACGCUGAACAGCUGGCCAGGAAGGAGGUGGAGCUGGGCGGCCUUCGGCGUCAGAAACACCGACUGGAGGAGGACCUCCACCAGCUGCAGGCCAGGCUCAUCGCUAACGGAGAGAGACACGACGAGGAGGUGACGGAGCUGCGAGGACAACUCGACAAACUGAUGCGAGACCAGAGCAGAGAGGGUGCCAACAUGGAGUACCUGAAGAACGUCAUCUACAAGUUCCUGACACUGCAGGACACCAGCGGGAGGCAGCAGACGCUCACCGCCAUCCUCACCAUCCUGCACUUCAGCCCGCAGGAAAAACAGCAUGUCCUGAGGCUACAGGGGGCGACGUGGUGGACCAACAAGAGAUAAUACAACCCCUGAAGAAGAAACAGCGCAUCCUCAGGCUGGAAUAACAUUCAGACAUAAUCUCAGUCUGUUUGUCAAUCAGAACAUUUCCACAGUUUCAUUUCUCCUGUUGGUUUUUUUAACUGGUUUUCAAAGGAAGUCUGCAGUCAGGCUACGAACUGAUCUCAGAACAGUUCUAACCAACAGGGAAUCUUCUUUGAUCCCGUACUGAUCCUGACUCUUACAGGAUGUUUAAAUUGAUAGAAAAACUGAAUGCAGUUUGGUUCCUGACCUGCAGAGCUCCUGUGGAAACGGUGCAUGAAUAUUUAACCUUAGAUGAUAACACGCGUGUGAGAAAACAUUUUUUCACAUCAGUGAUUCGUGUAUUUUUGAUUCACUUGUUGAAAUUAAACUAUUUUUCCUGCUUCA